AUGUAUCCAAAGGAUGCUCGUAUUGCUGGUGUUAACUAUGGAGGAAGUUUAAAGGCAACAAUUUUGUUAAAGAACGAAGAAACAGGAGCCAUUGAACGUAUUCCUGAUAUCCAACUUAUGGAAGAUUUCCCAGUUAUGAUUAAUUCAUCAUUCUGUAACUUGCCUAAACUUUCUCCAAAACAAAAGAUGUUGCAAGGUGAAGAAGAACACGAAUCUGGUGGUUAUUUCGUUGUUAGAGGAAGUGAAGUUGUCUAUCGUCUCUUAACACAACAACGUGCCAAUUUCCCAUUUGCUAUUACACGUCCUUCUUGGAUGGGUUAUAAGGAAGAUUUUACUGAUAAAGGUAUUUUGGUGAGAUGUAGACAUCCAAAGACACUUAUAACGAGAUUGGUAAAUAUUCACUACAGAAGAGAUGGUGUCGUUUUCAUGAGAGCUGGUAAUCCAGUGCCAUUCUAUAUUAACAUUGUUUUGGCAUUGAAAGCUUUGAGAGAAUGUUCCGAUAGAGAUUUGUUCUUGCUACUUACUGCUGGUACCAAGAAUAAGGUUACUUUGGAUCGUGUUGUUGAACUUUUGGGUGAUUUUAGAAAGACUUUCCCAACUGUUCAAACUCGUGAAGAUGCCAUCAUUGCUUUGGGUACAAUUUAUGAUCCACACGGAUUGAGAAGAUUGGAAGAACCAGUUGAUAAGAACAAAUUAAUCAAAUCUGGUUAUGAAAAAUUCGAUUUUUUGGUUUAUUGUGUUCAAAAAUUAUACAAAUUUGUCGAUGGUGAAAUUGCUGAGGAAAAUUUGGACGAUUUUGAUAACCACGAGCUGUUGACUGUUGGUGAAGUUCUUUCCAACGUUAUUCCACUUAUUAUUUAUAACAAGAUUCAACUUGCACAUGGUACUUGUGCCAAACUAUUGAUGAAAUCGGCAACUACAAUGCAACCAGAUAUGUUGGAACAAAAAUAUCUUGCUCUCUUUAGAGACAAGUGUAAGAGUAUUCUUUCUAAGGCAUGUCCAAAUGAUAUUAACAGACUUUUCAGUGUUGGUGAUGUUUCAGUUUCUGCUCCUUUCCGUCCAGAAUUGUCUCAAACUCGUGCUCUCUUUACCAAACUUGAAAGAAUCAACUUUUUGAGAGUUAUUUCUCACUUCCGUGCUACUCACAGAGGUAUUGCCUUCUUGGAUUCUAAUUCAACACGUAUGAGAAGAUUGACACCAUCAUUCUGGGGGUUCAUUUGUCCUGUUCACUCUCCUGAUGGUCACUUGUGCGGUCUCGUAAACCACUUGUCACAAACCACUGAAAUUGUUACACAUCAAGCCAAACCAAAGGAAUUGAGAUCUGUUGUCGAAAUGUGUUUGAAAUUGGGUAUGCUUCCUUCAUCUACUGAAAAGUGUAUUUCAGUUUCUAUUGAAGAUGAAGCUCCGGUCAUGCUCGAUGGUGCCAUUAUUGGUAAGGUUUCACAUGAUAAAUUGCAAAAUCUUGCUGAUCAAUUGAGAUAUUGCAAGGUUUCUGGAAAGUAUGGAUUACCUAAAUUCAUGGAAAUUGCUUGUCAACCAAAGUACUCUGCUAUGGAUAUUCCAUAUUUGCCACAAUUGAACAUCUUUACCGAUAUUGCCAGAGCUGUCAGACCAGUCAGAUAUUUACCAACAGGUCAAGAUGAAUGGAUUGGUAGUGCUGAACAAGUUUUUAUGAAUAUUGCUGUUACUGUUGAAGAUAUUAAGCCAAAUACUACUCACAUGGAAAUUGAUCCAACUAACUUUAUGAGUUUCCUUGGUAAUUUGACACCAUUCUGUAACUUUAACCAAUCUCCUCGUUGUAUUUAUCAGUGCCAAAUGGCCAAACAAUCUAUGGCAGCAGUUUUCCACAGUGUUGACCAUAGAGUUGAUACCAAGUUGUUCGACAUGAAAUUACCACAAAAACCACUCACCAGAACUAAGCAUCAAACUGAUUUACCUUUCGACGAAUUUAACAAUGGUUGUAACGCUGUUGUUGCUGUCAUUUCUUAUACAGGUUACGAUAUGGAAGACGCUAUGAUUAUGAACAAGACAUCAUAUGAAAGAGGUAUGAUGCACGGUACUGUUUUCAAGACUGAAGAUAUAGAUUUAACUGAAGGAACAGCUUUCCUUACAAAUAGAGUUUUCGACAAGACUGAAAUGGAUUCUGAUUAUCAAGCUAAGGAAUUUGAAGAUUUGGAUUAUGAUGGUCUCCCAGAAGUUGGUUUACCACUCGAUGAAGGAUCUAUCUUUGCUAAUUAUUAUGAUCCUGAAAAGCAAAAAUUCAUGCCAAUGAAAUGGAAAGAUGUUGACUCUGCUACUGUACACAGCGUUAAAGUUAUUGCAACUGACCCAUCUGACUACAAGAAGGUUAAACAUGCUUCCAUAACUUUCAGACUCAAUCGUAACCCAAUUAUUGGUGACAAGUUUUCAUCUAGACACGGUCAAAAGGGUGUCUUGUCCAUUUUGUGGCCUCAAGAAGAUAUGCCUUUCACUGAUGGUGGUAUUGUCCCUGACAUUGUUAUUAACCCUCACGCUUUCCCUUCACGUAUGACUAUUGGUAUGUUAGUCGAAUCAAUGUCCUCCAAAGCUGGUGCUUUGCAUGGUUACUUCCCAGAUGCUACACCAUUCAGUUUCAGCGAAGAAAAUACUGCUGUUGAUCACUUUGGUGAACAAUUAAAGAAGGCAGGUUACAAUUAUCAUGGUAAUGAAGUUAUGUACUCUGGAGCUUUGGGUACAACUUUGAAAGCUGAUAUUUAUAUGGGUGUUGUGUACUAUCAAAGAUUGCGUCACAUGGUUUCUGACAAGUAUCAAUGUCGUGUUGGUGGUCCAACUAAUGCCAUUACUCAUCAACCUGUUAAGGGUAGAAAGAAGGCUGGUGGUGUAAGAAUGGGUGAAAUGGAACGUGAUGCUCUCGUUGCUUAUGGUGCUGCUGCUGUUGUUAAGGAUCGUUUCUUUGAUUGUACAGACUCUUCAACUGCAAUUGUUUGUACAUGUUGUAACCAAAUGAAUACCAUUGUUAAACCUGAUAUGGGAACUGGAAGUGGUCCAAUUGUUAGUGGAUCAGGAAUUGGAGCUAAUUUGGAUGAACUGUUAUGUUGUGUUUGUAAAACUAAUCAACAUUUGCGAACAAUUUACAUUCCAUACACAACCAAAUAUCUGCACAGUGAAUUGGCUGCUAUGGGAGUUAAUUUGAAGAUUUGUGUUGAUGAACACACUAGUAGGAAUAUGUAAAUUUUCAAUUUUAUAAAAUAAUAUGUUAU